GUCGGGUCACGUCACUUCUCCAUUACUUCCGUUGCUAACGAAGCUUCCGUGCUGUACGGUGAAGAGGUGGUGAUUUAAGAUAGACGGGACAUGGAUCAAAGUUAAGAGUAAGGAUCAACUGUCCAGCACGAGUCCCAGGUGAAAACAGUCACGAUGGUAGAUUACCUGUCUCGGUACCGGCUGUAUGGCCACGGCUACACCUCCCCAGAACAACGCUACCCCAUCACCACCUACAGAGAAAUCUACAGGGACAAUGCGCCGCACAUCUUUGGGCGAAGACCACGAUCACACGACUGCCGGAUGGAGUCCGUAAAGGAUUUGACAGAGAAAAAGGACUGGGAGGCCUGGAUGUUUUCCCACGGUCUUGGCCAGGUAUACCGAAGUGUCAACUACCUCCAUAACCAAGAAAAAGAGCUCACUCCACAGGGCACCACCGCGCCUGACAAACUUCUCUUCAACAUUGGCGUAAAGGGUCGAGGAGACGGUGACUUCUACUAUCCUCGUGGCUUAUCUGUUACACUAGACGGUGAAGUACUGAUCGCCGACACAUUGAACCACAGAGUGCAGAUCUUUAACCAAUUCGGGAUCUUCAUCAAGAAGAUCGGCUCCAAAGGCACUGGUGAAGGACAGUUCAAUGAACCCUCGGGCGUUACUGAACUACCGAAUGGAGACUUAGCUGUUGCAGAUAAGAGAAACAAACGAGUGCAGGUCUUUUCACAAAGAAGACAAUUUAAAUUUAUGUUUCCAACCGGAGAUGAACCUUUCUCCAUCGCAAGUGAUAAAGACUACAACAUAAUUGUUUCUACCAUCCGGAGAUCAAUAGAGGUGUACAGGCGGGGUGGGAAGCUGGUCCAUGCUUUCUCUGUAGGGGGAUCAGCUCGGGACAAAAUCGGGUGUCACGUUUGUGUCAACAAUAAGGAAGAGGUGAUCGUAAGUGAUGCAGUCAACAACUCGGUCAAGUACUUUACAUACGGUGGCAAACUUCUGUACAAGUUUAAUCCAAUGUCUACAGGAGAUGGCUUGUCAAUGUUACCGUCUGGUAUCUGUGUUAAUAUGGCCGGUGAGGUGAUCGUCGGGGAUGCCCUUAAUCACACAGUGAACUUAUACUCUGAACGCGGGGUCCUACUGAAACAACUCAUUGGACCUUCUGAUGAGGCUGGUGCGGUUCAGACUUGCGCAAUUGGACCGGAAGGACAUUUAAUGGUGACGGAAUUUAGUGUUUCCGGUCCACAUUCAUUGAAAAUAUUUCGAUACAAACAAUGCUAUUGUCACCUUACCAGACCAGGUUCGAGCAAGAGGAGAUCUCCGACUAAAAUGGAGUGAUCUUUUCAAUUCCCAUCUGUCAUGGCCUUUCUUACUAUGAUAUAUCUGGUUUCUGUGCCCAUACACUAAUUACGACGUCGGCCAGCUGUAUUGAGCACAUGCUACAUUAACCAUUAAGAAAUAGAUAAUAUAUGUUUUUAUGAUAGAAGGAACCAUAUUUGGAAUACAUAACAGUAUUAAAGAAGAACAAUAUUUUUUUUGUAUGAACUUUGUUUUAAAGUUGUCGAACAGCAGGGUGCUGGUAGAAUUGGAUUCAAAUCAUAACUUAUGUAUCCCUAGGAACUAGAACACUGUUAAUGGCAUGGAACCUGAUUACGUUCAUUUGUGUUUAACAUGAAUGUGAAAUGAAUAAGAUACGUGCAAACCUGUGCAGGUAUGGGUAUAGGGAUAUCCACUGUUAUCAUUUUAAAAUAUCAAUAUAAUUCUUCUCUCAAUUUAUUUCAGCAAAAUUACAAUACUUUGUACCACAGAUAUUAAUUUGAUAUUGAUAUCCAUAAUUGCAAUAUUUCAUUAUCUGCAUAAUCUCGCUUUCCUUUCACAGUUUAGAGAUAACAUACCCAAUAUGUAAUUGAUUUAGAUUUAAUAUGUGGUACCGAUCAACGCUGUCGGGGAUUUGUUAUUAUAGGGGAUGUGUGGAACUGGAUUUUACAAGAUUUAGUUCAGUAUUGUUAAUUUAGAGAAAGUGCUUGCCAUUUAAAACAUUAGCAUAUGCCUACCUAAACUUCAAUAUAGACAUGUUUGUAAAUCAGACUGAAAUUUAUAGUCUUUAAAAACUGUUAUAUGAUAUAAAAGGGUCACAUGUAAUCAUCGGUUUUUGAACGGAAUUGGUAUUUUUCCUUAAUUUGACAGCUUUCUGAACGUGAAUAUUUGUUAUCAAAUGACAGUUUUUUGAUAUCAAAAGUUAAUACUAGUAUAUACAUAUAAGAAUAUGAACGUGAUAGACAUGCACGUGAUUACACCUAUAACAUUUGGUAAUAGAUACGCCAUGCCAUAAAUGAAUUCCACUUCACCAUACAGCUGAGUUGUCUUAGGACUCAUCGCUGAUGUUAGUGGCCAAACAGGUAGAAAUCUAAAUUGGACUUAACUACUGUUGAAACAGAUUGGCAGGUGCUUUAUUUUCCGAAAUUAUAUGAAUUUCAAAAUUAAGAGAUGUACAGGUUAAUUUCAAGUUUAUAAUGAGAAUAGUAAGUGGUGUAUAUUAUUAACCAUAUUCCUACAUACAUACCAUGUUUGACAGGCGGAAAAUUAAGUGCACUUGGUUAAAAGCUGCUACGUGUCGUCAUCAUUUUUUCUGUAAGUAACUAAAUAGAGCAUAACCUUUUCUUUCCCUGGUGUUCUUCAUCUUUUUUGCGUUUUGAUUGAAUGUGAUUUUAGCUCUGCUUGUAUAGACAAAUAUUGACUAGGUUGGGAUUGUUGUCGUCUGUCAAGAGGCCUCAAUGUCGCGAUUUGGCAGGAAGUAAAGGAUUCAGAAUAUUCAAUCUAAGAAUUUUGUGGUAUUGAAUAUUAUCUAUGAACUGUCAGAAAUAACAAUGAUGUCGUAUUUUGCAUCUACUCUGCCAAAAUAUUUUCUAGGUUGAAGGUUUUGGAUACUGUAGUAUGUCUUAUGCCAUGGGAGAUAAUUAUUUUGGUUAAGUAGUAGCAAAAUAAUAAUAAUAAAAAAACACCAUACUGAAUAUGUUACUUAGACAGUAUUUAUACUAAAGGGUCAUACAUUAUGCAUAACUGUAUUCGUUUUCUUAAACUCUGGCAUUUUCAUCUUUUAAUUAUUGUCAUUUAUUAUUUAUCAAAAAUAAAGAUGUUUUGUUUAUAUGGGAAUAUCAUCCUCUAUACUCCAUGGGUUACGCUCACUAACGCUCUUUGCGUCCCUGGAAUAUGCCUUUGCAAAAUUGAAGGCAUUCGGAUAGCUUUUUAAUUGGUCAAAGGCAAAAAAAAAAACCUGACCAAUCGCUAGGCUAAUAUCUUCCCUUUGAAGAUUACGGAGGAGCGACGCUCGAAUUUAAAGUCAGUCAGUUUUAACGUUACGCUGUCGCAGGGUUGUUUUGGUGAACCUAACCUCUGUUUUAUCGAGGAUGAUGGGGGUAUAUAUGUGCAUUCUCAUUUUGUUGAUUUAUAAGCUCAUACGAUAAAAAUGAAGUUAUUAUAAACAUGCCUACAUAAUGGCGCUGUUAUAAACCUAUCUGUUGACAUUCUGUUAUCUUUAUUAGAACGAGAGUAAAACAAAAGAUUUGUUUACAAAAAUGAAUAAAGGACUUAAAAGAUGA